AUGGAACCGGAUGUUUCCGAUACUGUUCUGCAUUUCGACUUUGAAAAUGAUGACGUAUGCGCCAUUACUGGACACCAUUUGAUAUUCAUCUGUGGGCCACGAGAUUUGGUUCUGAGGGACGCGCUGCAGCGCCACCUCAACAGCCUCGAUGGCACCAUUCAAGCUCAAGGUUUCCCGUGGACUCCGCCAUUCCAUUGA